CACAGAGUGCCGGUACUGUUACAACUAAAUGUCAUUAUGCUUCUAACCACAAGAGCAAAAAUCAGUGAAGUGCAGAGUGAUGUCCAGAAUAUAUACCAAGGAAAGAUGCUAAUAGUUUAAUGCAGAAAUUAUCUUGUGUUUCUAUCAGGAGGAAUCUGGAAGAACCUGAACCCAGCUGUGUGUCCAUGAAGAGUGACUGGUCUAUGGGUAAACCUUUACACUUCAAAGAUGGACGCCACUCUGUUGAUCAAAGAGUGGACCAGGAGAGCUCAGAGGGUCCCAGUGGUCAGUCUGCCCAGCAGCAUCAAACCCACCUGGACUCCAUCUUUAUGCUGCUGGAGGACAACAUUGUCACUUUUGUGAAGAAUGAGCUGAAGAAGAUCCAGAAGGUUCUGAGUCCAGAUUACCCAGAAUGCUUAGAGAGCCAAAGGGAGGAUGAGGAGGUGUCUGACGGUGAGGAUGAAGAGCAGAGGAGGAGCAGCAGAGAGGCAUUUCUGAAGAUCACACUGCACUUCCUGAGGAGAAUGAAGCAGGAGGAGCUGGCUGACCGUCUGCAGAGCAGAAGUUAUCGUGGAGUUUGUAAGCGUAAACUCAAAUCUAACCAGCAGAAGACGUUCCAGUGUAUGUUUGAGGGGAUUGCUAAAGCAAGAAACCCAACCCUUCUGAAUCAGAUGUUCACAGACAUCUACCUCAUGGAGGGAGGGGCUGCAGAGGUCAAUGAUGAACAUGAGGUCAGACAGAUUGAAACAGCAUCCAGGAAACCAGACAGACCAGAAACAACCAUCAGACAAGAAGACAUCUUUAAAACCCCACCUGGAAGAAAUGAACCAAUCAGAACAGUGAUGACAAAGGGAGUGGCUGGCAUCAGGAAAACAGUCUUAACACAGAAGUUCACUCUGGACUGGGCUGAAGGCAAAGCCAACCAGGACAUCCAGUUCAUAUUCCCAUUCACCUUCAGAGAGCUGAAUGUGUUGAAAGAGAGAAAGUUCAGCUUGGUAGAACUUGUUGAUUACUUCUUUAGUGAAACCAAAGAAGCAGGAAUCUGCAGGUUUGAAGAGGUCGUGUUCAUCUUUGACGGUCUGGAUGAGUGUCGACUUCCUCUGGACUUCCUCAACACUGAGAUCCUGACUGAUGUUACAGAGUCCACCUCAGUGGGUGUGCUGCUGACAAACCUCAUCAGGGGGAAACUGCUUCCCUCUGCUCGCCUCUGGAUAACCACCAGACCUGCAGCAGCCAAUCAGAUCCCUCCUGGGUGUGUUGACAUGGUGACAGAGGUCAGAGGGUUCACUGACCCCCAGAAGGAGGAGUACUUCAGGAAGAGAUUCAAAGAUGAGGAGCAAGCCAGCAGGAUCAUCUCCCACAUCAAGAGAUCACGAAGCCUCCACAUCAUGUGCCACAUCCCAGUCUUCUGCUGGAUCACUUCUACAGUUCUGGAAGACAUGUUGAAGACCAGACAGGGAGGAGAGAUGCCCAAGACCCUGACUGAGAUAUACAUCCACUUCCUGGUGGUUCAGUCCAAAGUAAAGAACAUCAAGUAUGAUGGAGGAGCUGAGACAGAUCCACACUGGAGUCCAGAGAGCAGGAAGAUGAUCAAGUCUCUGGGAAAACUGGCUUUUGAGCAGCUGCAGAAAGGCAACCUGAUCUUCUAUGAAUCAGACCUGACAGAGUGUGGCAUCGAUAUCAGAGCAGCCUCAGUGGUCUCAGGAGUGUUCACACAGAUCUUUAAAGAGGAGAGAGGACUGUACCAGGACAAGGUGUUCAGCUUCGUCCAUCUGAGUGUUCAGGAGUUUCUGGCUGCUCUUCAUGUCCAUCUGACCUUCACCAACUCUGGAGUCAACCUGCUGGCAGAAGAACAAAAAACCUCACGCCAGUGGUUUCUAUUUAGAAACAAACCCCAACCAUCAAACUUUUACCAGAGUGCUGUGGACAAGGCCUUACAUAGUCUAAAUGGACAACUGGACUUGUUCCUCCGCUUCUUCCUGGGUCUUUCACUGCAGACCAAUCAGAGUCUCCUACGAGGUCUGAUGACACAGACAGUAAGUAGCUCAAAGACCAAUCAGAAAACAGUGGAGUACAUCAAGAAGAAGAUCAGUGAGGAUCUGUCUGCAGAGAGAAGCAUCAAUCUGUUCCACUGUCUGAAUGAACUGAAUGAUCGUUCUCUAGUGGAGCAGAUCCAACAGUCCCUGAGUUCAGGACGUCUCUCCACAGAUAAUCUGUCUCCUGCUCAGUGGUCAGCUCUGGUCUUCAUCUUACUGUCAUCAGAAGACGAUCUGGACGUGUUUGUCCUGGAGAAAUACUCUGCUUCAGAGGAGGCUCUUCUGAGGCUGCUGCCAGUGGUCAAAGCCUCCAACAAAGCUCUACUAAGUGGCUGUAACCUGACAGAGAGAAGCUGUGAAGCUCUGUCCUCAGCUCUCAGCUCCCAGUCCUCUAGUCUGAGAGAGCUGGACCUGAGUAACAACAACCUGCAGGAUUCAGGAGUGGAGCUGGUGUUUCCUGGACUGAAGAGUCCACACUGUAUGUUGGAAACUCUCAGGUUAGUAUACU